ACGGGCUCUUCACAUUUGAGUUACUGGAUCGAUUGACGAAAAUCGUUUUUCACUACUGAAGUGAAGCACUUCACUGAACUCUAGGAGUACGCGUUUGCUUACUGGUGUGUCAUUUCAUCAGUUUAACUACUGUCUAGAUUCUUGUGGACGCAACUGUUGCUCCUAUCGUUUGUCGCGACGUGAGGGAACUUCGCCGCUAUGGGCAAGUUGCUAUCGAAAAUCUUCGGGAAUAAAGAAAUGCGCAUCCUCAUGCUUGGCUUGGAUGCUGCCGGCAAAACGACUAUUCUAUAUAAAUUGAAGUUAGGACAAUCUGUAACUACUAUUCCGACUGUUGGUUUCAACGUAGAGACGGUGAGCUACAAGAACGUGAAGUUCAACGUUUGGGAUGUCGGUGGUCAGGACAAGAUUCGUCCUCUAUGGCGGCAUUAUUAUACAGGAACUCAAGGUCUCAUAUUCGUCGUCGACUGCGCGGAUCGCGAACGAGUAGACGAGGCACGGCAGGAACUCCACAGGAUAAUCAACGACAGAGAAAUGCGUGACACCAUCAUCCUCAUUUUUGCUAACAAACAAGAUUUACCAGAUGCAAUGAAGCCUCACGAGAUCCAAGAGAAGCUAGGACUAACUCGUAUUCGAGAUCGCAACUGGUACGUUCAGCCGUCUUGUGCUACGACAGGAGACGGACUGCAGGAAGGACUGACUUGGUUGUCAUCCAACCACAAGUCUUAAUAUACCAGGGUAGAUGUUUUCUCCUAUUUGUUUGCUGUACUUGCUGCUUGCUAUGUAUGUCACGGGUUGUUUCUUUACUACAAAACGGGCGCAGAGAGUGGACCCUCGUUUGACAUGUACUGAGUCAUAGAGAAUGCUAACCGUCAUGUAUGAUUUAUUACUAUUAGCAAAGCUGCUUCA